AUGUAUGGCUCGCAGGUCCUGCUGAACCACAUGUUGGUAGUCGACUCAAAUUUGCGCCAAAACAGGAGUCAAGCAACGGUGAGGAAGAGAAUAGUUGGAAUGAAGAUGCUAUUCCUGCAACUGAGGCUGUCCGGAGACACAAACAUCUCUGUGGAGAAACUUAUGGACAUGGAAUUAUUCGAUGUUGCGGGCCGACAAACUUUGCCCCCGCUUCUUUCGGAGAUUCCGAGCCACUUGUUCCGGGUUCCUGAGCUGCUUCCACGGAGGAGACGUCGUCGUCAUCGCGGUAGACGAAGCGGCCGGCUGGUGAAGCUGAAGUCUUACAUGACGCACUGUUCUACUUUAGCUCGAUCAUCGCAAGGAUCGUUUCUGGGCUCUCGGAGAUGGCCUAGUUUGUCCUGCUGCGCCAGUGAACCUGCUGAUGCACAUUGA